AUGCAAAAGCGAUAUUUGCUUCCAAAAGUCGCUUCACGUUCGAUUGUUAGGAUGAGGAAGAACUUUCUUGUUCUUCUGCUCUGUCUGUCUUUUGUUCGCUGUGAAUCGCGCAGAGUAACGGAUUAUGGGGAUUACUUAGUACAAGAUUACGGUAAGCAAAACAGUUUUGAAAGUUCUGCGGCACUUAUUCUUUCAUUUUCGGUUCAAAUGUAAAAAUUCUUCCACAUAUACUUAUUAGCUUUUGUAGAAUAUUAGAUCAGACAGCGAUUUCUUAACAAUUCUUAGAUCUCUCGACGUAAAUGUGAAUGUUUUGAUUUCUAAUAAAAACAAAUCAAGAUACGCUGUCUGGGUAGGAAGGCUUCGAUCAGUAAUUUUCAAAUAAUUAUGCCUUAUCUUUUGACCAAAGUAAAGAAGCAAUAUUGCGAAGGAACCCAGUUUAACAUGAUUUUAAUUACUUACCAACGCCAUAAUGUACUCGCUAUUACCAACCCUUUCCCGUGCAAAAAACCUUCAUUCUCGUUUUUAUUUUCAUUGCCAGUAUCUUCUCAACAAUUAUUAUUAUUUUCUCAACAUUAAUUGGUCUCGCAAUGGCAUCGUUUUAUCGAUGAUUAAAUAAUUGAUUUUCCCUCUUGGUAUUUGAAAUUCGGAAAUUUGAAAACAAAUGACGUAGAUCGGCUAUUGUUUAAUAACACUAGUGCCAGCUGUGUAAAAAUUUCCGGUUGUAAGCACGAUUCAUAUCUCUUCCCAGCUUUUGACGUCAAAGGAAAUUUUAUAUAUUCAAAUUGAUCCCAGCAUAAACCUUAAAAAGGAUAAUUCAGCUCAAAUUGAAAAUAUAUUUCUUUUGUGACAUACUGAAGAAAUGUAAAAUGGUUUCCGUGUUUACAUAGCCUGAUGUAAACACGCGGGAGGUUGGGAGAACACGAGAUAAGCGUAGGAAACCACGACGCGAAGCAGAGUGGCUUCCAGCUUAUCGAGUGUUCUCCCAACCUCCCAAGUGUUUACAUCAAGCUAUGUAAACACGGAAACCAUUUUACAUUUCUUUUAUAAAAUAACUAAUGAAAGAGCCUCUUCUUGCAACGAAGGAAAGCGAUGUGCUUGUUGCUGUCGUUCAUUUGGCUUUUCGGCCGUUUCUUGAAUACUGGGAAAAUUAAACUCCAAAGAAAAAUUAGGAAAAUCUUCUUCUUCCAUUACUGUACUCAAAACAAACUUAAAGAAACCGAGUUACUGCUAAAUAAAUAGCUGGGAGAACUCGGUGAGAAGAUUCAGUAUGAAAACCGUGUUUACAUACGCGCAUGUAAAAUGGUUUUAUGGUCAAACAGAGCGCGCGUACUAUUUGAAUUAUUUUAUAAAGAAAAAUAUUUAUAGUUAGCGUUUAAAUGUCACUAUAGCUAUGUAUAUGACACCAAUCGUAACGCUGUUUUGACUUCGUAAAAAUUGUUUCAUAACAUAGCGAUUGCACGAGGAAAAUGUCAAUUCUGAGGGGUGACGUGAUGAGGAGGGCUGUGAACGUGUGUUUAAUUAAGGGCUUUUGUCUCUGAAUCUUAUUAAUAAAGUGCUAUUCGACACCAAAGCUUACACCAAGCAGAAAUUCGAUAUGUUGAAGUCAGAGAUCGAACUGCACACCGUCCACAACCCAUACUAACAGGCUACAGCUCCUAAAGGUCAUUGGUGAUUUCAUCGCUGAUAAAGAUGGUAGCUCUUUGAACACAAAGCACUCCCUCAAAAACACAUUUCAGAUAUUUCCGAGUCAUCCAAAAAAUUCGAGGGAGAUGAAUCCACUUGUAACUAAUAAUUGUCUUUUGAGGCCAACACGAAUUCCUUUACAACUCGACUCAGAGAUUAAUCCAUCGAUAUUCUUAUGUCAACCUGAGUCCCCUCUUUCAAUAUACACUACAGCUGGGGAAUAAAGUAUGGUAACAGUGAAACACUGUAAACUUAAGAAGCCUCUGCAAUCUUAAUCUAUAAUCAUCUAACUUUGUUCAUAUUUAGAUUUUUAUCUUUAACUCGUUUUGCAACACCAGCUAUCACGCUAAUGCAUAGAAAGCUCUUUCGGAGCCAUUUUCCUCAAUAUUUAGUUUACACCAGGUUUUGCGCAUUUUUCAACUGUUGCUAAAAGUAUUAUUCGACACUUCUCAGUCACGAAAACGACCCGAGUCUCCUCGACAUUGACUUUUCGGGAAGUUUUCAUGCUAUAUAUAGGAAAUGUCAUUUAUGACGCUGUUAAGAGGCUCAAACUCAGUAGACUAAAGGUAACCAGACCACUUCACGAUAAAAGUCCAUCUAUGAAACUGUAACAUUUGACUGUUAAAACAAUUUUCCUUUGGGAGCUAGUGCUCUUGUAUGCUUCAUUCUUGUUAGAAUAUUCGAGUUAACAGUCGAAGAUCCAUGCCGACUUUUUUUCUGUUUAACAGUCGCUUUAUUAACAUUUAUUGCCCGUUCUUUGUUCACAGUUGAUAUUGAUGCUAGCAUCCCGUGGGCAGAGGAGAAUUCAGGUGAGACGGAGUGAUAUUGGUUAAGAGUAGAUCUUCCCCAGCCAUUUUAAAUUGUCUUCAUUAAUUUCUUUUGAAUGGACCAUCCGUAUUCGAUUAUUUAAUCAAGGAAAAAAGUUCUUCUUGAAGAAAUUAGAGCUAAAGGAGGAAAAUGAAUCGUGUGUAUAUACAGUGAAGGAAAAUGAGCAGUUGGAGUGUAACUGCAUCACACGGCUCUCUGAUACUGGUUUGUGCUAAAAAAAAAAAGAGGCGGCCGCACUUAAAUACACGAAUCUGGAAAAGAAGGACAAAGAAAAUGAACGCCAAGCUCCAAAUUUUUCCUGACUUCCUACCUUGAUGUGUAGGGAAAACACUAAUUAGAGGCCUUUUUAUCCCUGUGCAUUGGUUGAACCUCGUUUCAGCCAUUUUUUUGUAAAUUCUAGAUGAAAAGUCUGAAAUGGGGUUAUUGGGGACUGAAGUCCAUUAGAAAAGUAUAGCAAAAAUAAUCUAAAUUAGCACAAAUUAGAUUAAGUGUUUUAGAGGCAGAGAUCCAAGUGCACACACAUUCCACUUAGAAAUAUGAAAAAAAUCUUAUUUCAUCUUCAGCUGGGAAAAAUAAACUUAUGAUUUUUCUUUCGUAUGCGUGGUAAAAACGAUAAAAUUAUUGAAAUAGUGAAGAAGAAAAAAACUUCACAGAUUUUAAGCAAUCAAUAACCGCUGACGACGCAGGGCAUCCAAUUAUAUUUCUGUGUGUAUGUAAAUUCAUGUAAUAUCACUGUAACUGGAAGAUUCAAGCUAUUGUUGAGAUGUUUUUGUCUAAUGUAACCCACCCAGAGAAAUUCCGCACCAUAUUUCACAAACGCAUAGCUUGCGAAAAUUUAUAUUCACGUUAACUAAGGGCAAACAUAAUCAUCUUGCGUGAUCGUUACUGGUUAAAAUGAAAUGCCGCCAUAGCUUACAGCUAUUCGAGGAAAGCUCCAAUUUCUUAUUGGAAAUGCCAGCCGGAAACCUACAAGGACGUAGACUAUAGCUGGGUUUCCGAUGAUGGGGCUGGCGUUUAUUUUGAAAGUCAUAAACCGAUAAUUCACGGGCCCUGGUUUUUCUAAACCUGCUUAUUUCCGACAAACGGAUAACUGAAAUCAUUGUAUUGAUAUUGAUAAAAUAGCUGAAGUUCCUCUGUUUUUUUAGACAUGCCAUCUUUACCGCGCGCAUUGAACGUAAUUUUGUAUCAUUAGUGUAUCUACAUGUGUGGAGAUUAGAAUAUCGUUGUUUCUCUCCUUCUUUUGAGAGAAAAUUGAGAAACAGAUUCCAUGCCACCGUGCAUCUCUUCAGUAAUAGAUCAAAGAGGAUGACAAAUAUGGUGAAACAAAAAUGUGUCGAGUGAAGCGCAGCCGAGUGUGUCACUGAUGUUCCCGCCAGAUUUGACGUCUUUUGCGAUUCGAUGGAAUCUCUUUGUUUUAUAUAAUAAAGAAGCAAAUAAAAUAUGUUGAUUGUGACGUCAUCUAUGCGUCAGUCCUCCAAUAGCUCAUAAAAAAGAACUUAUCAAAAUACGUGCGUAACUCAGCUUAUUACAUUAACAUUUUUAUUUUGGGAUCACAUUUACUCUUUCUGUCGCAAGUUAAAGUAGCUAUUCUAAGAUUUUAUCGUAUAUUUUACACGACUGCAUACGGGGAUCUUUAAAUCUUAAUUAUUUGACUGAGCUAAACACACUACAAAAUUAUCUGAAAGACGUUGAGCAUAGCUUGGAGGACUAUUCUUCAGAAAAUAAUAUGUGGAGUAAAUACAACGUUUUCAAAAUUUCUAGGUCUGUUUGAAGGCGAUAUCGUCAUCGAUGAGGAUACCGAAAGAUAUCUGACAGGUGGAGAGAUCAUGUCACGUGAUGCUGUGGUCUCUCCUAUAUUAUACUGGCCAAAAGGGGUGAUCUACUACAUGUUUGACGAAAAAUUAGGUUAGUUAAUAUGUUCUCUCUUUUUUAAAUAGAGAUCCAAUGAUCAUAGCUGGUUUCUAACAUUGAGAUUUCCCCUUACUUUGUUGUUGUUAUUGUUGUUCCUGUAGCUGCUACUGCUGCUGUUGUUGUUUUAUCAUAAUCCAAUUUUCAAGAUUAUCUAAAACCAGAUAUUGCCGCAUACCAUUAAACUACUGAGUGACUUUUUGUUGCAGUUCGUACCACCGUUAUUUUUGUUGUUGUUGCUUUUGUUGUUGGUCAUAAUGCUGUUGUUGAUGAAGACGAUGUAUGUUACUGCUUUUGCUUGUUGUUAUUGUCGUUCAAGUCAGGAGAAAGAUUCUUGAAUAAAUAAAUAAAUAAAUAAACAGAAGAUUUUAACAAAAAGUUAAUGUAUUGUUCAACUUUUUCCUCGGCCUCAGAGCCUCUCAAGAUCGAUAUCAUCAAGCGAGGUAUCCAUCAUCUAAAGGAAAGAACAUGCAUAAAAUUUGUUCAUAUUCCAAAAAAUAACACGCGUCAUAAAAGCUAUGUCAGAUUCUUCAGUGGAAACGGGUAAGUCAUCUGUCAAUUGAAAAUAGCAUGAACAUCAUAUUCUCUCUUCUAUUCUCUCUUCUCUUCUGUCGGAUCUUCGAUACCAUCAAUCUUUUCCUUCAGGAAACGUGACUGGAUAGCUUCCUUUAUUCACUACUUACAAUUGAAGUUAUCAUGUGCAUGUAUACCUAGAGGGCCUUUUUGUCUCAUCGUUCAUGGUAUUUCCAGUUGUCAACGUUUUACAAUCUAGUAUAUCGUGCUUUAAUUCAACCAUAGCGUGCUGUUGAUGGUAACAGAUUACGGACAUAAUUGAGUAAUAUUUUUCUCUCUUUGUAAGAUGUUAUUCCCGAGUCGGCAGAGAUCCCACUGACGUCGAACAAACGAUUUCUAUCGGUGACGGAUGCGAGAGGAUUGGAACAGUGGUGCACGAGAUCAUGCAUGCUUUGGGUUUCUUCCAUGAGCACACUAGGCCUGACAGGGACAAGUACAUCAAAAUUGAUUGGACUAAUAUCGAGGAAGGUAGUGAUAUGGGUGAUGCAUUUUAUAUUUGAAACGGGGAGGGUUACAUGUAUAAAGAGUCAUAUCAAUCAUCAUCAAGGGACUGGAAGGCUGUUGUAGUUUGCUCUAAACUCAUUCAAAGCAUCAAAUUAUCGACUACCAAAAUUUAAAAUGUUGUGAGAGAAGAUACUAAUCAAUGUCAACUCCGAGUCUGGUUGGUCCGUUGUGAAGUUGAAGUCAAGUGCCGGCUGUGGCACACUCAAUAACUGCUUAGAAUUUGUUUUAAAUUGUUGGAUAUCAAAGCGUGUCUUUUAUAUUCCAUUUACAGAGCAUUCUCGAAAUUUCCAAAAAUACCCACGAGAUCUGGGAUCUAGUUUUGGCAAACCAUAUGACUACGACAGUGUGAUGCAUUACAGUAGGUUUGCCUUCUCCAAGGACUUGGAUGUCCCAACCAUUAUACCUGCAGAUGGAGAGGCUUCAAUUGGUCAGCGACUGGGCCUGAGUUAUUAUGACAGAGAAGAAAUCAACACGUUGUAUAGAUGCCAUGGUGAGUGAGUCUAUUCAUAGUGGCGUGUCACGCAUUUUUUACUUGGCUAGACUACAGAAAUGAGGAAAAAGGUAUGUUCCUAAACAAAACAAAACAAAAAAUAAAAACGGGACGAGUUUACGUACUCGACGUUGGAUUCAUCUCAUUUCUUGCAUUUAGAUCCCUUCAUUUUCUAUUUAAGAGUGACGAUCAUCGUAGAUAUUGCUUCUGUUAUCGUUAUAAUAACGUUACUGUCACCAUGAGCAUUUUCAUUGUCACUGUAUUGAUAUCAAUGUCAUCAUCAUCAUCAACAAUAUCUUUAUAAUUGUUGUCAUUAUCAGCAUCAUUAUCAUUAAACAAAUAUGUUUCUGUUUCUCUUCAGAGGACUGUGUUGACAAGAUGAGCCCUUACAAGUGCAUAGGUCGUAGCAUACUGGGUGGCUGUGAGAGUCCUAGAUUCCAAGAAAUGAUGAUUGAAUCUUGUCCCAAAACCUGCAAAUUUUGCGGUGAG